AUGAGACUUACCCCGUUAUUGAUACAAGAAGCGCCCUGUUUUCGAAAUCCUGCAGGCGACUACGUCCUUAGUUUGCGAGGCUUGCAAAUAACAUUCAUCGAGAGUUUUAACGAAUAUGAUGAUGUCAAUGAGGCUCUCGACUUAACAGAUAACGAGAUACGUACACUUAGUUUCAACACUCGCUUGAGGAAACUCAAAACGCUUUUACUUGCUCGCAACAGGAUUGUCGAUAUAGACGCUAACAUCGCUGCACUGCUUCCUCAUCUCAAUACACUGUCCUUAGUGGAGAAUAACAUUUCACACAUACCAAAUCUACUCCCUUUGAGACACUGUCGCAACCUGGAAAAUUUAUACCUCACCGGCAAUCCUGUGACAUCUUCAGAAUACUACAAGGAAUUUGUUGUUUGGCUAGUGCCUGGAUUGACCGUGCUUGACUUUGAGCGCGUGAAACCUCGAUUAAAAAAGGCGGCUGAAGAAUUACUAGGCACAUUUGACCGGCCGACCAAGUUGGCACUAAAGCUUUUAAACAAUAAAGAACUGGAGCCCCUCAAAGAGCCUAUUUCUACAGAAACACAGCAAUCAAUCAGACUCACAGAGGAAGAACGGUCCAAAUUGGAGGCCGAUUUGAUAAAUGCGACUAGCCUCGAUGAAAUAGAUCGCAUAGAGUUAGCUUUGAAACGUGGUUACAUUGAGUAA